AAUGAAGAAAACACCAUUAUUUAAUCUAUCUUACAUCAGCCAUCCUUAGUUCUGUACUUGUAUUCUCCCUGAAUCAUCACAGUUCCAUCUUAAAGAUUGAAUCUUUCCUUCUCUUCCCAAAGGAUCUUGAUCAGCUGUGCGAUUCCCCAGGGAGGUUAUGGUGGGGCUUCUGAGAUUGCAAGGAGAAUCUUGAACAAACAACAAAGCAGCAGACCUGGAAAAAGGUUUCAAGAACAUUGGAGUUAAAGGAACACAAAGAUGAUUACAAGAUAAUAGUUUGAAGGGUUAUGAACAAUAAAUCUUGACUCAUAGAAGCUGUGUAAAUUUGAUCAAAACUGCCAAUGGAUAAUAAUGUCUUCACAUUCGAAAAUCCAUCCAAUUCCCUAAUGGAUUUUGAUUACAUGGAUGAACUCUUGUUAGACGGAUGUUGGUUACAAGCAACUGAUGGAUCUGAAAUCACGAACAACAAUCCUUCUCCUUCCAAUUCCAUCUUCGAUCCUUCAUUUCAAUGGCCUAAUUUGGAAUCCAACAUUGGGAAGCCGGUGUCAAAAGACCUUUUCGCCCCUGAAAGAAAUUCGUCGAAAUCCCAUGUCAAAAAUCUCAUUGGUUUCCCUAAUGAUGAAUCUGAAAAUAAUUCUGAAUCGAGCAAACGAUGGUGGAUUGCACCUACUGCAAGUUCUGGCCCUUCAUUAUCUGUAAUGGAAAGAUUGAUUUAUGCCAUCGACAACAUAAAACAUUACACAGUAGACAAGAAUGUUCUUAUUCAAGUAUGGCUACCAGAAAUUAAAGAUGGCAAGAAAGUCUUAAGUACAAGUCAACAACUUUUCUCACUUGAAUUGAAUUGCCCUCGGCUUUCUAAUUAUAGAAGCAUAUCAGAAGGUUAUACUUUUCCAGCUGAGGGUAAUGCUAAGGGUAGUGUUGGAUUGCCUGGAAGGGUAUUUAUGGGAAAAGUUCCUGAAUGGACUCCUGAUGUUCGGUUAUUCAAGAUAGAAGAGUAUCCAAGAGUUUCUCAUGCACAACAACAAGAUGUUCGUGGGAGUGUUGCAGUUCCCGUUUUUGAUCAAGAUGUUAAAGAUUGCAUUGGUGUUGUUGAGGUUAUCAUGACUACUCAAAAGAGUAUUUACGCUCUAGAGAUUCAAAGUGUUUGUAAGGCUCUCGAGGCCGUUGACCUCAGGAGUUCUGAAGAUUCAAACACACAGAGAAUAAACGUAAGCAACGGCUUCUAUCAUCCUGCCUUACCGGAGAUUCUUGAAACCCUGAAAUCUGCAUGCAAGAUGCAUAAUCUACCGCUAGCUCAGACAUGGACUCCAUGCAUCCAACAAGGCGGCAAAAGUGGCUGCCGCCACUCAAAUGAAAACCUUGUCUACUGUCUUUCCACUGUAGAUAUUGCUUCAUACGUAUCCGAUCCUUACUUCAAAGAUUUCCAAGAAGCUUGUUCUGCGCAUCAUUUAUUUAAAGGUCAAGGUGUAGUAGGUCGAGCUUUCACAACCAAUGAGCCAUGUUACUCACCUGAUGUGACAUCAUACACGAAAACCCAAUACCCACUUGCUCAUCAUGCUAGUUACUUUGACUUGCAUGCUGCUGUGGCUAUACGUCUUAGAACAACUUAUGCUGAUACAGUUGACUUUGUGUUGGAGUUUUUCUUGCCUGUUGAAUGCAAGAAUCAAGAAGAUCAAAAGGGUGUGGUUAAUUCUUUGUUGAAUAUCAUACAAAAGAUUUGUCGAAACCUAAGGUUCGUUACAGAAAAGGAGUUGCAGGAAGAGGCUGUUAAUGAAGGGUUACUUGUUGUUUCUGAUAUAGAACAUGUUCCCAAAAUUCAAGAAACAACAGAACCUGGUCCUGACCCUGGUCCAGGUUCAGGCACGGAGAAAAGAAGGGCUGGUGUCAAGAUGGAGAAAAGUAUCACUUUAGAAAUGCUAAGGCAACACUUUGCUGGCAGCCUGAAAGAUGCUGCCAAAAAUAUUGGUGUUUGUCCAACGACUCUGAAACGGAUAUGUAGGCAACACGGGAUACAACGGUGGCCGUCACGGAAGAUCAAGAAAGUUGGACACUCUUUAAGAAAGAUCCAACUUGUGAUGGAUUCGGUUCAUGGUGGAUCCGGAUCGUUUCAAAUCGAGUCCUUCUAUUCAAACUUUCCUAAACUCGCAUCUCAGGACCCGUCAACAACGACUCAGCUCCCGUUUGCGGCUACAAAAACUGAAACUUUCGACUCAAAGGGGGGCAACACCGUCAUUUCAUGCAGUCAGAGUUCGAGUUCUAGUCAUUCUUUGUCCGGUGGGACCCACCAGGCCCCACCGGUCAAAGAAGACACCGGUGAUCAAGAACAAGAUCAAGAUCGAUAUCAAGAUCAAGAUCAAGAACAAGAACGGAAGCUCUUUCUAGGAUCACUCAAUGAUCCUCCAAAAUGUCAAAACCGGCCUCCGAAACCUUACAUUAAACGGGAAGGGGGUCUUUGGAGGGUAAAAGUGACUUUUGGCGAAGAAAAGAUACGUUUUCGGCUGCAAAAGGAUUGGGGUUAUAAUGAGUUGCUGCAAGAAAUCGCAAAGAGAGGAGUGUAUUGA